AUGUCGCGAUGCCGGGACCGAGCGGGGGAAGUGGGGGAGAUCAGGGGUGAAGGUGGGGAAGGAUUUUCGGAGGUAUGGCCAGUGGAUAAGAAGGGCGUGAAAUUACAUCGUCGGCGAGUGCAAGCUCGUAUGAGUGCUGGAGAACAUUUUCAUCGCCAGACAUUGCAGGCUUACCAACGAGAGGAAGAGCAGCUUCAGGACUGUCAUACACAGGGCGGGUAUUUUUAUAGCAACGCAGAAAAGAAUCGAAGCAUGCAUGCUGUCUCCGCUGCGGGGAAAGCGUCAGCAACUCAAAUCAAACCUGAGAAAACAAGGUGGCGACCAGCGAUUGCACAUACUGCAGGAGUACCUGUGCAUGCACACCAGGUAUCAUUACUUGAGCGGCGACAUGGAAUGUUGGGACCGCGAGCUGAAGUGGCGAAACAUAUUUUGUAUCAUGCCCUUGCGGGCGAGGCCACGGCGUUGAUACCUUGGGCCCCUGAAAAAGAGGUCCAAGAGGAGGAUCCCCACGAUAGUUCUCAGAACCAGAAAUGUGGAAUUUCCCAGCCUCUUAAUUUGGAAAAGCCGAGCAGUUAUCAGGAAAGAAGUUCAAACUCCAAGGAUCAAUCGUGUCAUGCAGCACAAAAGAUCCCUGUCACGGAAGCCGAAGAGCAAGCGGCAUUCGCUCAUGAAGACAAGUACUCUUUUCCAACUACAGAAAGGCCGGCAUAG